AACAGGUGCUUUAUAAUCACUCUUUGUUAGGGAUGCGGUUUAUCAGUGUUGGGCGUUGCCCUGUUGUUUUUCGAGGUCCUGUAUUCCUGGAGGUUUAUGCCAUUCCUGACAGGUAAAGCAGCGGGGAAAGACGCGUGUUCCCCAGUCCAGCCAUAGCAACCGUGAAGUGGGCUCCACUGCAACAAAAGGGCAACAGCGAGGAGCCUCUGUGUGACAAGAGUCGUUUGAAGCUUGAAGGUGUGUUACCCAUCAGAGGGACCAACAUGACGGCCAAGUCUGGUCACAUCACUGAUGUGCAGGCGGAACUGGACUCUGUGGAGGAGGAGCUGGAUUUGGUGGAGCUGCAGCUCAACGAGCUCCUGCAGAAGCAAGCUGAGCUGACGUCACGCAAAAACGCCCUCCUGAGCAAGUUGGAGGAAGCUUGUGACGCUGCACGUCCUUCUGCGUCCUCUUCGUCCUCAAAAGAAUCCAAGGCAAAUCAAGUGAUGAGCAAACAGGAAAUGAAAGCCUAUGAUGGCAAAGAUUUCUCUUGGUCAAAAGAUGUGGAGCGCCACUUGAAGGAAUCUUUCCAUCUCUCAACAUUUCGGCCACUUCAGUUGAGAGCCAUAAACCUGACCAUGGCAGGCAAAGAUUUGUUCUUGGUGAUGCCCACCGGCAGAGGAAAAAGUCUUUGCUACCAGCUUCCUGCUGCCUCCUCCAAAGGUUUUACUCUGGUUGUGACUCCGCUGGUGUCUUUGAUGGAGGAUCAGAUCAUGUACCUGAAAUCCAUCAACGUGUCGGCUGAAAUGUUGAAUGCAUCCAGCAGCAAGGAACAAUCCAAAAUGGUUAUGGCUGGUAUGACGGAUCAAAUGUCACCGUUCAAACUCUUGUAUGUGACUCCUGAGAAAAUUGCAAAGAGCAAGCUUCUGAUGUCUCGACUGGAAAAGGCCUACAACAUGAGCCUGCUGAGCCGCAUUGCCGUGGACGAGGUGCACUGCUGCAGCCAGUGGGGCCACGACUUCAGGCCCGAUUAUAAGUUGCUGGGCAUCCUGAAGAGGCAGUUCCCUAACGUGCCACUGCUGGGGCUCACCGCCACAGCAACCAGCAGCGUCCUGAAAGACUGUGAAAAGAUCCUGUGUGUGAACCAAGCGGUCACGCUCACCGCCUCCUUCAACAGACACAACCUCUACUACGAGGUUCGAUUUAAAGACUCUGACAAUGAUGCAUCAAUAAAUGACAUCGCCUCCUUAAUUAAGAAUCGAUACAAAGACCAGUCAGGGAUCGUGUAUGUCUUCUCUCAGAAGGAUGCAGAGACUGUGUCAGCUGAACUCCUGAAGAGAGACAUCCAGGCAUAUCCCUACCACGCCAACAUGAUUGCCGAGGACAAGUCCAGGAUUCACCGCAAAUGGACUUCUGGCAAGAUCCAGGUGGUUGUAGCCACGGUGGCAUUCGGGAUGGGGAUAGACAAAGCUGACGUCAGGUUUGUCAUCCACCACACCAUCAGCAAGUCCAUUGAGAACUACUAUCAAGAGAGCGGGCGAGCUGGUCGGGAUGACAAACCCGCGGACUGCAUCGCCUACUUCGGCUUCGCCGAUAUCUUCAGGAUCAGCACGAUGGUGGUGAUGGAGAACGUGGGACAGAAGAAGCUGCUGCAGAUGGUGGACUACUGCCAAAAUGUGGACCGGUGCCGACGUUCUCUCAUGGCAGUUCAUUUCGAUGAAGUGUGGGACGAUGAGGGAUGUAACCAGAUGUGCGAUACUUGUCGUCAUGGAAACGAGUACACCAGCGUGGACAUCACUCAGUAUGCGCGGCAGCUGGUGGAGAUUUUGGAGCUGGCGACAUCGAUGGAUGAGAAGCUGACACCUCUGAAGCUGGUGGAGGCGUGGAUGGGGAAGGGUCCCGCCAAGCGCAGGAAGAUGAUUCAGACCACGUCUCUGCCACGGCAACAGGUGGAGAGUGUGAUCGUCCAGCUCCUGCUGAAAGAGUAUCUCAAGGAGGAUUUCAGCUUCACCCCGUACACGACAUACUUCUAUGUGAAGGUGGGCCGCAAAGCUCCUCUGCUGAAGAGCCAGAGUCACAGUGUCAGCAUGAUGAUGAGGAAACCUGGGACCAAAGCAGCUGCGGAUCCGCCGGCUGCUGGGCUCCAAGAGGAGGAAGCCGACGUGGUCUUUCUCGAUGCACAACGUAAACAGAUGAAAGAGCACAGCAACCUGUGGAGAAAGCAAGAACAUGAUUCGACCAAAGCGCCGCACGUAGUGGAGGUGGAUGUGGAAAUUAAUAUUGUAGAAAACAGAGGUGCCGAUGAAGAGAGGUCGCCGCCACAGCCUGUGAAAUCAUGUUCAAAGAGGAAGUCCAACACUCCGCAGAGGGCGAGGAGGAAGCCCCGCCCUCCUCCUGACCAAGGCGGUGUUUCACCCACACCACCAGGUGGCAACAUCAUCAACACUGCUCCCAGUUCUCCGUCUUUGGGCUCCUUCAUGUCCGACAGCACAGCUGAGGAACUCUGCAAUCUGAGGAACUAUUAUAGCAAGCAGCUGCGCAGAAUCAACUACAUUUCCCAUGAGUACCUGGGGAAGCCCGCAGAGCCAGGAGUGCUGGGUUGCAUCACAGAGCCACUGAAGAGUCUCAGACUGCCCCGCAGGGUCACCAUCGCCGAGACGGCCCGCAGCCUGUGGACCCGGGUCAGUGGGAGGAGGAGGCUGCUCCCUCGAUGACGUCAAGCUUCUGUUUGCUGCGAAAACCUCUCUGUGCUCACAGCUGCAUCAUAUGUUGGGUUACGUCUAAAGAACAAAUCGCACUGACAUUAAAUCCUUUAGAAAACAUCAUUUGUAAGUGUUACCGUUCAUAGGUGCUGUGGUUAAGUUACAUUCAAAGACAUUCAGAAAGUCUAAAAUGUGUCUUUUGCUUUGUGUAGGAUUAUUACUCAAGUGAGCAAAAGAAGAUUGCAAGCAUUUUUGAGUUUGGAUCUUGAUGUUAAAUUCAUCAAUUGCAUUAUUGUUGACAGUCCGUGCCACUGUUUUCACUAAGUCAACCAAAUAUAGUCAGUUUUUAAAUCAUCAGGAUGGAAAGUCAAGUGAAAAUAAACACAAUUGCAGAAUUGACUGUUCUGAUCAAAUAAGCAAUGACUGACACCAAUAUAUUGUGCUGCUUUUCUGCCUGUUCUACUGAUGUUCUGUUUUUUUUUUCAUUGACAGAAGCUAAGAAAUGCUGUAUUUUUC